AUGUCUUAUGGUGCCUUUUUUAUUCAACCUCCCCUCCCCCCAUUCCUUCUCUCCCGCCCUCAUCAGCAACAAGUCAAGGAGGGAGGUGCAAUCACUGAUAGCAAAGGCCCUCGUCGCACAUCAUCCCAGCCUGUUUCCUACCACGGGCCCUCCUCCCCCCCUCCUCAUUGCUCCCCUUCCUGCCCUCAUCGCCCCCCUCCGUCUCCUAUACCUCCCCCUCCCCUCAUCAGCCACAAGUCAAGGCGGGAGGUGCCAUCACUGAUAGCAAAGGCUCUGAUCGCACAUGAUCCCAGCCUGAUUCAAUCCACCCGCCGUAGAAAACCCGGGGAGAAAGGGGAACCAAGGGAAGGCGGGGAAGAGGGGGAAGAGGAGGAAGUGGAGGAAAGGGAGGAAGUUGGAGGGGAGGGGGGAGCUGGGGAGAAAAGGGGUGCUCCUCAAAGCGGCCCUGCAGCUGCUGUUGAUGCGGACUCGAUAAAAGCUGACUCGAUAAGAGCACUUGCGGGGAAGAGGAUUCAGUUUCUCGGGCUGCCCGAGGAUGGAAUGGGCAGGAAGAGGAGUGAGAGGAGGAGACGUGGGAGUGCGAGUGGGUUUGAUGAGAUUCUGAAGGAUAUGGAGGACGGAGAGAAGAGAGCGGGGGGAGAGGAGGAAGAGGAAGAAACGAAGGUAGAGGAAGGAGAAACAGAGGACGAGGCAGGGGCAGGAGGAGAGGAGGAAAGAGUGGGGGAUGAGGAGGGAGAGGAGGGAGAGGAGGAAGAGGGAGAGGAUGAAAAAGAGGAGGCGGAGAGUAGUGAGGAUGAGGAUAAUGUGUUGCUGAGCAAGAGACCGAAGGCACUGAUUGGUUCUGCUGCUGCUGCUGCUGCUGCUGCUGCUGCUGCUAGAGUGAGGCGAGGGCGAAGGGCUCUUGAGAGCUCUCAGGAAGAGGCAGAGAGCAGUGAGGAUGAGGAGAAUGUGCUGCUGAGCAAGAGACAGAGGGCACUGGCUGCUGCUGCUAAAGUGAGGCGAGGGCAGAGGAGUGACAGGAGGCAGAGGGGAGGAGGAGCAGCAAGAGGAGGAGAGAUGCCGAGGGAGCAGGAGGCCCAGGAAGAGGAAUGGGCUACAGGCAGUCAGGCUGCUGGUGGGGAUGGUGCAAUGAAUUUAGAGGGAGACCAAGGGGCGAUCGUUGUUCCAAACAGCACUGCAAUUGCUGCAGGGCCUGUUACUGGUAGUGCUCUUAUCGGAGGUGCUACUAUUGCAAGUGCUGCUGUGGGAGUGGAAGAGAAGGUGGAGUUGAAAGAGGAAGCCGUGAGGGAGGGCGUUCAAUUAGUGCUUGCUGACGAUUCCUUUGAUGGAGCAGAGGCGAUCCAAUGGCUGCAAUCGCGCCUGAAAGCAGCCCACGCCAGCUGGACGGACGCGAUCGCUCGAAACAGCUGGCAGCUCCUGCUGAUGGACGGCCCAGAUUGGCCUGGCAGGAAGGGGAAGAAAAAAGGGGGGAAGGGGAAGGAGAAUGGGAAGAAGGGGAAGAGGAGGAGAGGGCAGGAGGAGGAGGAAGAGGAGGAGGAAGGGGAGGGAGGAGAGAAGGAGGGGGAUGGGGGGUGGGGGGAAGUUGUGCAUGUAGACCUUUCGUUGGUGGAGGAACUGGAAGAUUGGGACACGGUGGCAAAUGACAGCAUGGCGCAGCUGCUGUCAGGUGAGCUGUCUGUUGCUGUCAGCACCCUGACGAGGCUGAUGGGUGCUGGAGAGUCCCUGGAGACAGGGGCACGCAGUGGCUGCUGGACGCUGUCAGCAUGCUUGCACGCAUGCUGUACGAGGGAAGCUCACAUGCUCAAUUCCAUCCCUCUCUGCUCUGUUUCCUCCCACCCACCAGCGCUGUGCUUGAAGCAUCCUGACGAGGCUGAUGGUUGCUGGAGGGUCCCUGGGGACCGGGGCACGCAGUGGCUGCUGCAUGCUGUGAGCAUGCUUUCACGCAUGAUGGCAGGGGAAAGCUCGUGCGAGUAUGCUGGAGGGAGGCUGCAGAUGGUUAUAGUAGAGGAGAGAGGAGGAGGUGGGAAAGGGAGAGAGGGAAGCGAGGGGAGAGAGGGAGGGGAGGAGCGAGAGGGAGAAGGGGCGAGAGAAGGAGGGGAGGAGAGAGGAGGAGAGGGAGAAGAGGGGGGAUGGGAGGAUGGAGAGGAGGAAGGGAAAGGUAGAGAAGGAAGAGAGAAAGGAGAGGGAGGACGGGAGGAUGGAGAGGGAGAAGGCAUGGUUAUUAGGGCAUGUUUGGGUCCCAGGCACAAGAAGCGGAGAGGGACGGGAGAGACAGGAGAGGUGCAACAGCAGGGGUUGAACGUCCAUGGGGGUAGUGAGGGAGAGGGGAAUGAGUGUGGAGCAGGGGCAGCAGAGAGAGAGAGGGCUCAGUCUGCGAGGGAGAAAGAGAGAUGGCAGGGGAGGAUGGGGGGUGGUGGGGAAUUCAGUGAGGGGGAAGGGAUUGUUUUGACAGCUCGAGUGAAAGAUGUAGAAGGGGGUGUGAAGGGGAGGGUCGAACAGAGCAUACCAUUGGAGGAGGGGGGACUAGAGGAAACCGGUAUCAGGGAUGAUCAGGGUGAAGGGCUUGAAGGAGACGGGAGAAGAGAUGAUGAAGGGAGUGAAAGGCUUGAAAAGAAUGAGAGUAAAGAGACCCAUGCUGUCUCAAAAGAAGGUGUUUCCAGUGGAGAGGCGCAGCCCUUGAUGCCGGCAGUGCUUGGUGCCCGAUCCAAACGUCCCGCUUCCCUGGCCGGAGGCUUGGACCGAGCCAAGCGGCUGAGGUUUGCUGGUUUGGAGGAGGCUCGGGAGGAACGCUAG